AUGAUAGUUACGAUAUAUCAUCUACCUCAGCGGCACUUGAGUCAACCGAACUUUGCCCUUGUUCCCGUUUCCUCCGUUGUGUUCGGAUGGGCGAAACAUUUAUAUAAGUUGGGGGGAAGAUCUUCAAAGACCAUUACUCCCUCAGACUAUCUGCAGCGACUCUCUCAAUAUCUCGUGCUCGUGACCAUGUCGCCCUUGGAUAACCUCCUGGGUCCUCCAUCCAACUCCUUUUGGUUCGGUCACCUCUCCCGCUUCAUGACCCGUCAUGGAUGGGAGUUUCAGAUGGAUGUCGCGCAGAACUAUGGCCCUGUUGUCAAUCUCAAAGGGUUUCUAGGGCAACCCAUCCUGUACGUCUAUGACCCGAAGGCGCUGCACAACAUCAUUGUGAAGGACCACUAUAUCUACGAAGAGCCGCCAGCGUUCCUGACGUCGAAUCAUUUGAACUUUGGCCCAAGUCUGCUCUCAACAGUUGGAGACGUCCACCGUAAACAGCGAAAGAUGCUGAACCCGGUGUUCUCCAUUGCACACAUGCGUCACAUGCUCCCUAUUUUCUACAAGGUCGUAGGCAACCUAAGUGCCGCGAUGGGCUCACGUGUCACUGACGGGCCGCAAGAGCUCGAUAUGCUGGGCUGGAUGGGACGCACGGCACUCGAGCUGAUCGGACAGGGCGGCCUUGGGUACUCAUUUGACCCGCUAGUGAGGGACGCCGCUGAUGAGUACGGUAAUGCGCUGAAGGAAUUCUUACCUGUCUUAUUCUCGCUGGAUCUGCUCCUGCCCAGUCUCCCAUACCUGGUGCGCAUUGGCUCGCCGGCAUUUCGCCGACGCGUGGUGAAUAUGAUCCCGAGCCGCCGGGUGCAGCGGAUGAAGGCCAUCAUAGACACCAUGUACCGGCGCUCACAGGAGAUCUUCAACGCAAAGAAGGCUGCACUCGCUGCGGGGGACAAGGCUGUCACGCAACAGGUGGGCGAGGGCAAGGAUAUCAUGAGCAUCCUCAUCAGGGCGAACAUGGAUGCGAAGUUGGAUGAGGACAAGCUCUCGGAGGAGGAACUUCUUGCCCAGAUGUCGACACUCACCUUUGCCGCUACGGACACCACGUCAAACACACUUGCCCGCAUUUUGGGGCUUCUUGCCGAACAUACGGAGGUCCAGGAGCGACUGCGCCAUGAGAUAUUAACGGCCAGUCGAGGAGUCCAGCCAUUGACGUACGACGAAUUGAUGGGGCUGCCGUACUUGGACGCCGUUUGUCGCGAGACUAUGCGGGUCCACCCUCCCGUCACAAUCCUCUCUCGCCAAGCCCGGAAGGAUAUAAUCCUCCCCUUCUCUCAACCUAUCCGCGGGAAGAACGGGCAACUUAUGAGCGAGAUCCUUGUCCCGAAUGGCACGCAGAUCUUCCUGGGCAUCACAGGGUCGAACUUGAACAAGGCACUAUGGGGCGAGGAUGCGCUCGAGUGGAAGCCCAAGCGCUGGCUCUCGCCGCUCCCCGACGCUGUGACGGAUGCCCACAUACCCGGCGUGUAUUCGCAUUUGAUGUCCUUCCUGGGCGGCGGUAGAGCUUGCAUUGGCUUCAAAUUCUCCGAGAUGGAAUUGAAAGUCGUCCUGACGACACUACUCCCGAAGUUCACAUUUGAGCUGUCCGGAAAACCGAUCGUGUGGAACAUGGCCGGUGUGCGGUAUCCUACGGUGGGCAAGGAAAACAGUAAGCCGGAGAUGCCGCUCAAGGUUGGGCUGUACAAGACGCCGACUGCAUAG